AUGGCCGACACUGCGCCCGCUGCCAACGGCGGCUCCAUCGACUCCCUGAAAGGCAAUGCUCAAGCUGCCUAUACCCAGCUCGCCAACGGCCCCGUUGCUCAGAACGUCAAGGACCAGUCAGCCAAGACCAGCUCCGAGUUCUCCAACCUCGCUGCUUCCAGACAAACACCCUCCCAGCCUGCUGCCACGGGCCAGCCCUUGACACACUAUCACUCCUUCUUCUCGGAGCUGCUGUCAUGGAACAACCCGCGAGCUUCGGCCAUCGCCUACGCUAGUGUCGUAUCCUUCAUCUUCGCGGUUAGGUACCUCGACGUGCUCCGAUACGGCUUCAAGCUCACCUGGAUGGCCCUGGGCGUCACUGUCCUGGCCGAGCUUGCCGGCAAGACCGUUCUCAACAACGGCCUCGCCAGCCAGCUGCGUCCUCGCAAGUACUACACCAUCCCUCGCGAGACCCUCGAUGCUCUGAUCGGCGACGUUCACGAGCUCAUCAACUUCUUUGUCAUCGAGGCCCAGCGCGUCUUCUUUGCUGAGAAUGUCUGGGCUUCUGCUGCUGUCGCUGUCGCUGCCUUCUUCUCCUAUUAUCUCGCCAAGGUCGUUCCGUACUGGGGCCUCUCCCUGGUUGCUGCCACCAUUGUCUUCUUCGUGCCUCUCAUCUACACCUCCAACCAGGAGCUCAUCGACCACCACCUGAAGCAGGCCCAGGACGUUGUCAACACCCAGACCGAGCAGUUCCGCCAGGUUGCCAGCAAGCACACCUCCCAGGCCACUGAGAUCACCAAGCAGUACAUGGGCGAUUACACUACCAAGGCCCAGCAGAUGCUCCGCGGCCGCAGCGCUUCUCCUGAGGCCGUCACCAAGCAGCCCAAGGAGGCCGACUUCCCGGCCGUUCCCAAGGAGCCGGCCUUCCCGGCUGUUCCCAAGGAGGACUUCAAGCACGACGAGCCCGUUGCCCCCGUCGCCGUGAAGACUGAAGAGGAGCCCUUGAUCUAA